CAGCAGUCGGAGCUUCAGACCUCAGCUGUUCGAGCCGUAAACCACAUCGGAUUGUCCAUACAGCUCUGUAAUGCCACGCCCAGUUCUGCUAAUCCACGGUGGAGCCGGUGAUAUUCCGGACUCCAGAAUCGCCGGGAAGUUCGUGGGCAUAAAGCAGGCUCUGCGUUCCGCCUGGGGACUCUUGAAUCCGGGUGAUGGCAGUGCAGGCAAUGCGCUGGACGCCGUGGAGGCGGCGGUGAAGAGCAUGGAGCUGGACGAGAGCUUCAACGCCGGCUAUGGCGCCUGUCUGAACACCAGUGGCCAGGUGGAGCUGGAGGCCAGCCUGAUGGAGGGCCGUGAUCUUCGAGCCGGCUGCAUAACCCUGCUGCGGGAUGUGAUGCAUCCGAUAACGGUGGCCCGUCGACUGAUGGAGAAGCAGCGCCAUACCUUCCUGGGUGGUGAUGCGGCCCAGGAACUGGCGCUGGCCACCGGAAGCAAGAGAUUGCCGCCAGGAGCCCUGGUCACCGAAGGAGCCCGCUACACGCUCAAGGAGUUCCAGCAGCAGGUGGCCGAGGGCAAGGAUCCAUUCUUUGCGCGCACAGAAAUGGCCGAUGACAAGCAAGGCGCGCCGAAGCCGUCGACGGAUCCCAGUGGUGAGACCGUCGGAGCCGUGGCCAUGGAUGCCACGGGCCAAAUUGUGGUAGGUACCUCCACUGGUGGCAUCACUGGCAAGUGGCCAGGUCGCAUCGGUGACACACCCAUCCUGGGCAGCGGCACCUAUGCGGACAACUAUCGCGGUGGCGUGUCAACCACCGGACACGGUGAGACCCUCAUGCGUUACAAUCUUGCCCAGCGCAUUCUGGCCGCCAUGGAGUACAAGGGGCUGUCCGCUCAGGAGGCCGCCGACAAGGAGUGCCGGGAGAUGACCAAACGGCUGGGUGGCACCGGUGGCGCCAUUGUCGUCGGCCAUUCCGGUGACCUGGGCAUUAGUUUCACCUCGCGUCGCAUGGCGUGGGGAUACGUGCAGGAUGGCACCAUCUUCUACGGCAUCGAGGGUCAGGUGGUGCACCAGGAGCCGUUCACAGUACCCACUUAGGUACUCCGUCUGGUCGGGGCAUCUUAUAAAUUCACAAAACUCCUUAAAAAUCUAUUUAUCAAUUGCUAAAAUUAGAAGGUAUUUUAUAUUACAAAAAUAUGGAUGUAUACAUUUAAUAAAAUCGUUUUUGGAUUUA